AUGGACGGGCCAACGCCAAUUCCCUCGCGGCUGUACAAGCCCUCGGCCUACAACCUGGACGAGUUCCAACAGAUCUGUUCGCGCACUGUCGACCCGGCGACUUACCCCCUCGCCUGCGCCGUCGAGCAAAACAUCCCGAUCUACGAUAUCCCCGCGCUGGACGCACAGUCCCCGGGUUCCGAGACUAUCGCCGCCCUCCAAGACGAGUGGCACCACAUACUCUUCACAGGCCCGGGCGUCUUCGUCCUCCGCGGCAUGUACAGUCCAACCCGCUACGAAGCCGUCCUCACUGCCGCUGAUGCCGCCUUCGACCGCAUCAUAGCCGCGGAGCGCGCGUCCCACCCGACCAAAGGUGACCAUUUCGCCGCCGGCGGCACCAACGACCGCAUCUGGAACUCCUUCUCCAAGCACGCUCUCGACGACCCAUCCUCUCUUUCUCCCUUACUACGCAAACCCGUGGCUGGCCCUCUCAACGCCGUGCACCCAGGCGGCGCAGCCCAGGCCCCGCACCGCGACUACCACUUCGGCUUCAUGGACGCUGCCACGCUGGCCACAUACCCGGCCGCCACGCACCGGGCCUCCCAGCUUCUCACGCUGCAAGGCGCGGUCGCGCACUCGGCGAUGCCGGUCGCCUCGGGCCCGACGCGCUUCCUCCCCUUCAGCCAGACGUUCGGCCCGGGCUACGGCGCAGCGCGGGAGCCGGCCUUCGCAGCACACUUUGCAGCGCACUAUGUCGCGCUACCGCUGGCCCGCGGCGACGGGGUCUUCUUCAACCCGGCGCUGAUGCACGCGGCCGGGGCGAACGUCACAGAGCCUGGCAGCGGGACCCGGCGCGUGGCCAAUCUGCUGCAGGUGAGCUCGGCGUUUGGAAAGCCGAUGGAGGCGGUGGAUGGGCUACCGCUGGUUGAGCGGUGCUGGGGUUCACUGGGGGAGAUGUAUCGGGCGGGCGUGGCGGGGGGUGAAGGGAGUUGGGCGAUGCGCGAGGUGAGAGCGUUCGUGGCGGCGGUUGUAGAGGGCUAUCCGUUUCCGACAAAUUUGGAUCGGCGACCGCCGGCGCCGAGUGGGAUGGCGCCGGAGAGCGAGCAGGAUGUGGUCAUGCGGGGAUUGGAGGAGGGGUGGGGGGAGGGCGAGGGUGGUUGCGGCGUUGGAAGAGAUGCGGUGGCAGGGACGGGCUUGAAGCGGUGGCCUGGGGAGGUAGAGAGGAUUGAUCCCGUGUUUUUGGCAGUAUUUCCGAGCGGAACGCCGGGGGUGUUCUGCAAGACACAAGAGAUAAGAGGCAAGAGAGAAGAGAGAGGAAGAGAAGGAGAGAGUAUAGGUAUAUCAGUGUGGUGA